UACAUGCAUGCGCUUUGUAGAUUUAUUGCCUUUUUAUCCUAUUCCACUGCUUGGCAUAAUAUUAUUUUAUGUUUACUUGCGCCUGUUGGAGACAGGCAGCAUUUGUAACCUCUGUCUAGGUUAGCUGAAUCCUGAUACGUGUAUUUCACAUUUUUAAUUAGCCUUUCUGCUUUACAAUGGCGACCGUAACUUCAACUCCGGCCGGCCAGAGAAUAAGCACCCGCUCUACUGCCGGUAGCACUCCGUUGAGCCCCACGAGGAUAUCCAGGUUGCAAGAGAAAGAGGAAUUAUGCAAUUUGAACGACCGUCUUGCAGUCUACAUCGAUAAAGUCCGGAGUCUCGAGUCAGAAAACAGUGUUCUUCACCUCCAAGUUUCUGAGAAGGAAGAAGUAAGAAGCAGGGAGCUUACUGGGUUAAAAUCGCUGUAUGAAACCGAGCUCGCAGACGCCAGAAGAUCUCUUGAUGACACCGCUAAAGAACGCGCGAGGCUUCAGAUUGAAUUGGGAAAGAUCAAAUCCGAACAUGAGCAGUUACUGCAUAACUAUGCAAAAAAGGACUCUGAGGCGGCUGGAGCCCAGGCCAGGCUGAAGGACCUGGAGGCCCAGGUCAACACCAAGGAGGCCGUGCUGGCCACUGCUCUUUCCGAGAAGAGGGCCCUGGAGGCCAGCCUGGCCGACCUGCAGGGACACAUCCAGGAGCUGGAUGCUGGUCUGACCUCAGCAAAGAAGCAGCUGGGCGAUGAGACGCUGCUCCGCGUGGACCUGGAGAACCGCUGCCAGAGCAUGUCUGAGGAGCUUGAGUUCCGCAAGAAUAUGUUCCAGGAGGAGAUCAAGGACACGCGGCGUAGGCAUGAGACUCGUCUGGUGGAGGUGGACUCCGGGCGCCAGAUGGAGUUCGAGUUCAAGCUAUCCCAGGCCCUCACCGAGAUGAGAGCCCAACAUGACGAGCAGGUCAAGCUCUACAAGGACGAGAUGGAGAGCACCUACGUAGCCAAGUUGGAGAACGUGCGCCUGUCAUCGGAGAUGAACAGCUCGUCGGCCAGCAUGGCCCGUGAGGAGCUGAGGGAGUCGUCCCUGCGCAUGGAGAGCCUGGCUGCGCAGCUGGCUAGCCUGCAGAAAGAGACACGUGGCUGGCAGGAUCGCAUUGGGGAGCUGGAGGCGGCGCUUGCUCAGGAGAAGGAGGCUGGUCGCCGCAUGCUGGGCGAGAAGGAACGGGAGAUCGCAGAGAUCCGCGCCAAGAUGCAGCAGCAGCUGGAUGACUACGAGCAGCUCCUGGAUGUCAAGCUAGCGCUGGACAUGGAGAUAAACGCCUACCGCAAGCUAUUGGAGGGCGAGGAGGAGAGACUGCAGUUGUCCCCCAGCCCAUCGUCCCGUGUGACCGUCUCCCGGGCAUCCUCCAGCAGCCGCAGCAUACGCACGGCACGGGGCAAGAGAAAGCGUGUGGACGUGGAGGAGCGCGAGGCAAGCAGCUCAGUUUCCAUCUCCCACUCGGCCUCUGCCACUGGGGCUGUGUGUGUGGACGAGCUAGACACUGAUGGGAAGUUCAUCAGGCUGCAUAACACCGGCGAUGAGGACCAAGCCAUGGCGGGUUAUGAGUUGACCAGGACCAUUGGAGAGGCCUCCGCCACCUACAAGUUCACCCCCAAAUAUGUUUUGAAGGCUGGCCUGAAAGUCACGCUGUGGGCAUCCAAUGCCGGGGUGAGCUCUAGCCCCCCCUCAGACCUGGUGUGGAAGGCCCAGCCGUCCUGGGGGACUGGGGAGGAUGUCCAGGUGGUGCUGAUCAACCCUCAGGGAGAGGAAGUAGCUAGGAGAAGCACCACAUACAACACAGCUAUGGAGGAAGAGCCGGGCGAGGAAGAGGAUGACGAGGGAGUGGAGGUCAUUGAGGAAGACCUCUUCCAUCAGCAGGGAGACCCGCGUGCCACCAAGAGGGGCUGCUCCAUCAUGUAAUCACACACCAGCAAUACACUCAGCCAGCUUCCCACUCCUUCUAAACCAGUUCUAGCUGCCAACAAAACUACCACAGUACUAUUUUUGUACCUUUUUAGUGUAUUAUAAGAACCGUAAGAAUCUUUUUUUCUGAUCUUAGUUUUUAUGACUCCAAGAUUGUAAAACUGCUUUUUUGGUAAAUUUUUUAUUUGUGACAUCACAAUGUCAUGAUUUGCUUUUUUCGAAACCAAAUUGUUUUACAGUCUAGAAUGUUUUUUGUUUUUGGCUUAACUUCUUACAGCUCUGUGAAGAAAGGCAGCUCGCAAAAUAGUCUUUUCCUCAAGGUGCUGUGACUGUUUGUUUUACAUGUGUACUCUUUUUAAAGAUGAAACAUUUUAAAAGCCUCUUUAUAGGAUGUACCGUUUUUAAUAUUGUAGUGUCUUGUUUCAUGUAGUUAGUCAAUUUGCUCAAAUUGUUGUGGUUUACUCUUCAUAUUGUGGGGGUAUCAGUAUUCAACUGAGAACUAGUUGCCAUGUGCCUACAUUUGUGUUUCCUUACAAGAUGAAGGUUCAAUUCAUUGAUUCAAUAGUUCCGAUACCCCCCCCCCCCCCCCCCCCCGCCUCCACACACACAGAACAGUAAUUUCUAACCUCUUGAUUACCACUUUCUGGUCAGUACACCAUGGCCAUUCACUAUUGCUAGUGCAUUGUCUUGAUUUGUCAAGAUAAGGAAUGUAAUAAAACACUGAGACUAAACCAAGAUGGCUUUUUGCUUAAAUCUAUUAAAUCUCAUUGGCUCCGAUAACUUUUCUGAAAGAGCACAAACUAUUUUGGUGGAUACCUUUGUCUCAUUUGGAAACAAAUUCAAAGUGGACUUCUAGGAACUCAACAUAAAUAAAUGUGUUUUCAUGCUGGGUAAAUACCAAGUACCUCUGCAGAAACAAUACUCCAUUGAACCUUUUUGUAGUCAUUGGUGUUGGUCAUAAGCAUAGAUUACUUAAUUUCUUCAGAUCAUGGUUUUGAAAAUUACCAUUAUUUACAUAUGGUAAAGGUGGCAUGCAUGCAUUUUCUUCUGUAACCUCAAUAUUUUAAUGACAAAAUAAACAACAAAUGUUGUUCUUUUGAGGUUU